AUGAGUCUGCGGGCCUUCUGCGCAGAGUUCAGCGGCGAGAACCUUCGAGUGGAGACUCUAGGGUUCCUGUAUACCGUUGCAGCUCGUGCGUCGAUCUGUGAUACCCAAGCAAUGCCAGAAUCGAAAAACUUCAUGCAGGAAAUGAGUUGGUAUAGCAACGCAUCGCUUCAUUUGGCUCGCGAGAUAGCCCCACAGACAUCCGACAUGAUCAUAUGGCUGGCAUUGGACAAUCUACAACUAAUCACAAUGCUGGAGGGUGAUGCGAGCAUGAGUGUUCGACGGCGCAUAGGAGGCUUGGCAAAAGAUAUCUUCGCAUUGGGUCUGAACCGUGAGGCGACAUAUUCGUCGGAAUCAAUACCAUUCUUCCUGGCAGAGUGCCGCAGGAAAACUUUCAGUGCCGCGUAUUAUCUGGACAAGUUGAUUGCGAUAUUUUUCAAUCAACCACCGCGCAUAUCAAUUCGACAUUCAGACUGCAAGCCUCCUCUUGAUUUAUCAGAUGAGCAGAUCUUCGGUCUUUCAUUUGAUGACCCAGCGAUGGAAUCUAUUGUCGACCACGACGGCUGGAACAGAAAUGGAGGCUUCAGAUCUACAACGUGGGCACGUGUACGCUACACUUUUGCGCAGUUUCGGGAACAUCUUGUUGAGUAUCAACUGUCGUCAAGUUCCGCAAAUGAAGCUGAGCUCAGCCAAUCAGAGCUUCUUGCCAUUGCACUCGAGAUGUUAGAAGUUGUCGUGCAAGUGGCGAGCGCACGCAGCAGACCAAGUCUUCUGAUGCGUGAUCUACCCGGACUCAUGUUAACCUACGGCGUUUCAUGUGCUACUACAUUGUUAAGUGCUUUGAUGGAUUCUGUCCAAAAACCGACUGGCCACCUGCCACCUGGGAUCAAAGCGUUCACGCUGAUUCGAGAUCUAUCCGUAUUUAUAUCCCAUCUGGAAAAUCUUUCUGGGUCACAACAAUGCAACCAAGCCCUAUGUGAAGAAGCUGCAAAAUCUCUCUCGAGCCAGCUGGAUCGAGUACUGGAUAGUCUCUCCUCCGCAUCAGAGGAUCUGGCGCUUACUACGCCGCUAUCAAUGGGGUUUGCAACAUCGGAAUAUUCGCAUAUCAGCCAUGUCGAUGCUGAGGAGCCCAGUUCCUUUCAAAUUGGAAAUGCGGAAUCAUUUGACUGGGCUACUUGGAUCAUUCAUGCUGAUUUGGAGAUUGUGGGCUGCGAUUGA